UCGGUGCCGGUUUGUUUUUGGCUCUUGGUGUGUCUCCACCGUGUGCACCUUCAUUAUUUUCGGCCCUUUUUUUUAUCUGUAAUAUUUGUUACGUUUUUUUUACAUUGUAUGGGUGAAAAGUUCUUUCCGUUGCGGUUUUUUAAUAUUUUUUCCGUGUGAAGAAAAAAAGUUUUUUUCCGCUCGAGUUCGCAUUAUGUCACGUGAAUAAUCAUUUGGUUUUGUGGUGAGAUCCGCUUCAAUGCAGUCAUUCAAUUGAAGAGAAGAAAAAGUGUGUGUGUUAAAGAAAAAAAAAAGAAAUAAUCAGUUGAAGGGGGGGAGCCUUCGGCGGUUGAUUCUUCUCGGCCCUACAGAUCUACAGGUUUGACGACAUGUCGACCAUCAAUGGAGAUGGUGGACGAACGACUUCGUUGCCAAAAACGAAUGGGGAAAAGUUCAAUGGGACGUCAGGUGAAGCGACGGACGACGUUAAAGCGACACAACAGCAUAUCAAGAAUCUGGAAACGGAAUUGAAACAUGCACGCGAAGCUCUCUCAGCUCUGAAAGCGGACAGGAAACGAUUGAAAGCAGAAAAAUUUGACGUGCUGAAUCAAAUGAAACAACUCUAUGCUACGCUAGAAGAUAAAGAGAAAGAGUUGAGAGAGUUCAUCCGCGCCUACGAAAAGCGGAUGCGGGAAAGUGAAGCUGCGCUGCGUCAAUUAAUACAAGAACGUAACGAAGCAGAACGUGAAAAAUGGACGAUACUGCGGCACGCACGAGACGAAGCCGAACGUUGUCUCACCGUGACAACUCAAUUGACGGCCCGCGACGCCAAAAUCGAACAACUUCAAGAAGAACUUGCUCAGGUCCGCAUGCAGCUGAGCCGUCAGCAACAGCAGAUGGCCAACCAGCGGAUUUCACCAACGAUAGCAAUCACGGCACCCAGCAGCAACCAGCAACAACAACGCCAACCCGCAGCCAUUACGGCGAAACAAAAGAGGUCCAGCAUCAGUUCCAUGGACAGCGCUGCCGUCGUUUCGGACGCUUGCGACGAGCCUCUUUAUUCGCGGAUCGAUCACAGUAGCAGCAACGAGAGUCAGCAGGCAACAACUGCGGCCAUGUCCUCGAUAACCGCACCCAAUAAUCAUGACGGCGCAGCUUUAGCAGCAGCUUUAGUCGAUCAACUGAUGGCUGACGUUGAUUCUCUUUCUAUGAGUUCAAUCGUGCCCGGUAGUUUGCUGUCGGCAACCACGACGGGUUCCGGUGACGUCAGGAAACCUGAUGAGAUGACGGGCCAGUCCUUGGCAUCCGACUCGGGUUGGAAGUCGACCGACCAGCUGAGUUUGGCCAGUUUUGGAAGUAAAACGACAAACAAACUCAUUUUGAACAAAUCGAUGUCGCGCAACAGUGGAACGUGGGGCAGCAUUUCUCGAGUAUUUUCUCGUGCCAGCAAGCAACGCAAAACGCUCGAUCUCUCCAUCUAUGAAGGUCCUCCUCAACGGGAUUCAAGGCGAAGUUGGUCGCCGAGGAGUUCAUUAUGCACAACGCCGCUGACGGAAGAAACGGUAGCCGACCGGUUCCGAUUCUGGGACGAAGCUCAGAGUUGGGCUGUAGAACGUUGGAAAGCUGGGCAUGUCCUGGCCUGGUUAGAAUUCGGAAUGGGCAUGGGCCGUUAUCUAUCCGCUUGUGCUGAAAACAUCAAAAGUGGCAGGGUUUUACUUGAGCUGUCAGACGCAGAAAUCGAAGCCGGUCUGGGACUCAAUCACGCCAUGCAUCGGAAAAAAGUUCGACUUGCGAUCGAAGAACGAAGGCCUGGACAACCGGUCCGUUAUCCGCUGUUGUCAACACUGGGAAAUUCGUGGGUAGCCAACGAGUGGCUAUCCGACAUUGGGCUGACCCAGUACGCUGAUGCGUUUCGUACCUGCCUGAUGGACGCUCGAUUACUGGAUAAUUUGACCAAACGUGAAUUGGAGAAACACUUGGGUGUGACUCGAAAAGCUCAUCAAACUUCAAUCGUGCACGGCAUCACCUUCCUCCGUAUGAUCAAAUACGACCGUCAAGCGAUCAACGAAAGACGUAGGCAAUGUGAGGAGAUCGACUGUGAUCCGCUGGUGUGGACCAACCAGCGCUUUAUCACCUGGGCGCGGGGCAUCGACCUGGCCGAAUACGCCGACAAUCUCAGAGAAAGUGGCAUUCACGGCGCUUUGGUCGUUCUGGAUCCUACUUUCAAUGCUGACGUCAUGGCAACAGCCAUGGGUAUUCCCACGUCAAAGAAUAUAAUACGUCGCCAUUUAGCUACUGAGUUGGAAUCACUCGUCCAAAUAACCCGAGCAAGAUACGAACAACGUAGUCGACAAGCGCGAAGUGAGCGCAAACGGGUGGAAAAAAUGGACGGCAAUGCUAGUUUAGGUCGAAAUUUGUCACGUUCUUUCACCACCGGAUUGGUGUCAAGUGACCCUAAUCAAGAUGAAGUUUAUGGCCGUUCGGCGGAAAAUAACGGCAUGUUUGGCAUCAAAUCAAAUGUUAAAGCGAGCUUUCACGCAUCAUUAAGCAGGGCAUUCGGUCGAAAGAUUAAGCAAGAUCGAGCUGUGGCAGCGGCUGCGGCGACGGCCUCAGCAAAUGGGAAUAUAACAACGGCGGAUGAUUGUGAUGCCUUGAUAGCCAAUAGUUCAGACACUAUAGGAGCUCCUGCGUCGGCUAGCUCAUCUUCAAUCUACUCCGACGCCAGAGAUUGGACGCUCAAAACUUCGCAAGCGGAUAAGCACCGACGCGUCAAGUCUAGCAGUGAUAUCGAGAAAAUAACGGUGACUAGAGUAUAAAUUAUUUCUAUUAUUCCCUGGCAACAUUCAAAGCCGGUUGUUUUCCCACAAUUUAGUAUUUUUGUUAGCACAGAAUUUCCUAUGGAAGAUUUUUUUGUUCAUGUUUAUAGCUCAGUUGUUAGUGAUUUGAAGAAUUCUCUUACGAUAUAUCCUGGACAUUGGAUCGGUGAUUGUUGUGAUGAUAUUUCGUGUACAUUAUUUGUUCUUUAUCGUGGGUGUGAAUUUGUGAAUAAUAUGUAGUUAUUCGGCGCGUCAUUAAUUAGUCAGUUCGCGACGACUGCCGGUUAUAUAAAUUAUAUAUAUGAAUAAACGCAUUGAAUUAUUCGACAA